AUGCCGCAGCUUCCUUUGGCGAAGAUGUUUGUAGCCUGCCCGGGCCCCAGCUGGCCCGCCGCGCCGCCAUGUGGCCUGACUGCGAGAGGCCAAGCGGGUCGAUCGCAAGUAACAAUGCAAGCAGAGCCACGGGGGAGGUGGGGGAUUUCGGACACCAUCGUGAAGCUGGUGACUUCGGGCAUCGGCCUACUAGGGCUUCGUGAGUUUGUUCUGAGAAGAAUACCAGCCAAUCUUUUUCCACUUAGGACGCUCACGCAGGCAGUAGAAGAUGCCGCGCAAGGCAUGACCGACGAAGUGUCGGGCAUGCGUAUUCCCGUCCGGCCCCAGCAGCAAGACGUUAGGGCCUUCCUUGACAUGCCUGGCCCCCGUGCUAUGCAAGUCCCUGCGUUCAUAGUGAUCAGCGGGCCGCAGGGCAUCGGAAAGUCUGCGAUGCUGAAAGGCUUGCUUGCACACCGGCGCCAACAGGGGAAAUGGGUGCUGCCCAUACUUCGGACUUUGCAGCCGGGCGACAAGCUUGAGCUUGCGGCUAUCGUUGAAGAGGUGCUGCUGGCCGACAGGGUUCCGGAGAUCUUCCCUCAGCUGCGCUUACCAUUUGUGCAGUUGAUGAAACAGCUGAACAGCAGGUGCCUGAAGAAGACUGGGCACCCACUGACAAUCUAUAUGCAAUUGUCAACGCAGAACCGUGCCGACGACUUCGACCAGAACCAGUGCGAUGCGAUCGCCGCUGCCGUCGGCAGCUUCGCGCGGACGCUCACCUACGAGUAUGCUUUGUGCAAGUUCGUGCUGGAAGUGUCCGUGUCCCUCAUUGCCGACAAGAUCCAGGAGCGGCUGGGUCAAAAUCGGGCGUGCAGGGAGAAAUUCAACAUGUCCCGGCUGGUGGUGGUGGACCCGCUGCCUUUGAAGAGCUUCGUGGAGCUGGAGAUUCCGGAGAUUGCCGGAUAUCUCAAGAUGGACGAGCGCAGCCGGGAGGAGAUCCUCAAGUACUUCUACCUUCGCGCUGGCGGCAGCUUCCGCGAGCUUUCGUUGCUCCUUGAGGACGCGGCCAAGGCCGACGCCUCGGAUGCGCAGGGCAUCAAGGCCCGGAUCGACAAGUGGUACGAGAAGAAGAUCCAGCCCAUCAAGGACGUUCUGGCAGAGACGGAGGAGGAGGAAGAGGAAGAGGAGGGAUGGCUGGAGAAGCUCUUCCGAGAACUCCGGGGCGAGAAGAAGCCCAAGAAGGAGCCGAAGUCCAAGUACCUGGACUACCUGACGAAGGUGGCCGAGGCGGGCCCAAAAGGCUACCUCAGCGGGGGCGAUGCCCUGAAGAAGGAGACGAAGCUGGAGAUGGAGCUCCGGCGCUUGCAGCCGAAGCAGGCAGUCCUCCGGAGCACCACGAGUAUCCAGGUGGCUCUGCGUCAUUGGUACUUCGUCUUCUACGUCCUGGGCGAGACCGAGGAGGGGGAGCCGGUUGACAUCGAAAUUUCCGUGUCACUGGUCUCAGGCAAGUCGCUCGUCUUGUCUCGGCCCAGCACAGAGCAGGUCGGCCAGCUGAAACAGGUGGCGGCUGAACGACUUGGCUUGUCCGGGGAAGAGGUCGUGUUCAUCCAAGAUGGCGACACCAUCCCUGACAGUGCCACAGUUGCCAGUCUCCAUGGCUCAUCGCUGGAUCUGGUGGCCUUAUCGCCCGGAUCUAUUGCUGCAGUGGUGGACAACCGAAUCGUGGUAGCCAGCGGUAGUACGCUGAAAAUCCAGACUGAGUUGGACUACUCCAAGUCGACCCGCAGGAGCCCCUAUCAUCUCCAGUGGAGCCCGACGGAUGCAGCACACCUGGCACUGCGAAGUCAGAACAUGGCAUGGAUCCACGACUUCUCAAUGGGAAAAGAAGUCUUCGCGCGGCCUUGCAGGGGUGGGAAAAAUUCCAUCAAGUGGUGCCCGGAUGGGAGCAAAGUCGCUCUUGUGUCUGGGGUGAUGCACGUGGAUGUUUGUGUUUUGAACCCGGCCAGCGACUUCCGAUUGGUGCAGCGCUCGGAGACAUAUAGCCUCGCUUGGCAUCCAAGUGGAUCUCAAAUUGCAGUCGGCCAGGAUGAUGGUAUCGCGAUCUUUGGUGUUGAGUCUCGCGCAGAGGAGAACUUUUUGCGAGUGGGCAACCCUGUGGAGCUCGUGGAUUGGCACUCCGGAGGUUCCCUCCUAGCUUGCGGAGACAAUCAGGGAGCUCUCCGAGUUAUGACCCCACAGGGCGAGGCUCGAUGGCAGCUCCGCCAGUGUGAUGCCGCGCUUCAAAUGGGCCUGCAAGAUAACUUGGCUUGUAUCUCGUGGUGCCCGAAGCAUACCUUGAUUGCGUUCUGCUCAUGUUCGGGCACGGCUAUUCAGCUCUUCGAUGCAGACUCAGGGAAGCUGGUCUGGAAGUCGAUCGACUAUUGCCCUUUUACGGACAUCUGUUGGAACAACGACGGGACGAAGGUGGCCGGCUCCUGCCAGGAUGGUCAUGUGUACGUCCUGAACGCGAAGACAGGUGAGACGCUUGGCAGCCUUGAUGUUGGGCGCGCCAACUCUCUCAGCUGGUCCCGGGUGUGA